AUGAAUACAAUCCGAUCGACUUGGUUAGGUUGGGGUACUCUCUGCGUUGCCGGCGGCGGAGCCUACUACUUCGCAAAGAAGUCGAUUAACGCCGACCGCGCAUCCCGAUUUGAAGCCGAGAUAAAGAAGAAGGCCCAACUCGCCGCCGUGGAAGCCGAGCACCGUCGGCAAGCCGUCAAGAACGAGCCGGCCGCGAUCCAUACCCCGUCCGACGACCCGAGCUUCAAGCGCGCAAACCAGGCUCGGUUCCAGAAUGCCUCGGAUGACGUUGCUUCGCCGAGCGAUGAAGCAAGCCAUGACCCCGCCCCGACUCGUCAUGAGCCAGACACUGAACAAGACCGGUUGACGGAGAAGGGCAAGUAUGAGGCUGCGAGGCCUUUCCGGCCUCCUCCUGGUAAUCGGUUGUAA